AUGAAACAAGACACCAAGAAGCAUCUUCGGAUUCUACUCUACGGCCCGGGUGGAAGUGGGAAAUCCAGUUUCAUUCAUUCUGUUGACAGUGUUUGUCAGAACAGGAUAACCUGUCCUGCGGAUGCCUGCAGCUCUGGCCACACCGUCACUGUCACGGUAUUGUUCCUGGCAUACAAAACAUAUCAAAUUGAGAAAGAGGUGGAAGGCCAAUAUUACCCGUUCGUCUUCAACGUCAUGGGCUUGGAAAGCAAGGGAGGAGUCUGUGAGGAGGACAUCAAACACGCCAUGCAAGGACACCUGAAGGAGGGUUACAAGACACCUGAUAUAAAUGACAAGGCAGACAUACUGGUCUGUGUUGUUAGGGCAGACACUUUUAUGUCGAGAGGUGAUACCCUGGCCAAGAUGAACCGCAUCACAGCAGCUGCCAGAGACUAUGGGAUUCCACAGAUGGCCAUUCUGACACAUAUUGAUGAAGCCUGUCCACUCGUUAAAGAAAGCAUUAAAAAUGUCUACAAAAGCAAUCACAUUAAGAUGAAGUCUUUUCAGAUGGAGCACCUCCACAAUGAGCUGGGAAUUCGGUUAACCAACAUCUUUCCUGUGAAGAACUACCAUGAAGAAAUGGACUUGAAUGGUGACAUUGAUAUGGUGAUACUAAGAGCACUGAGACAAAUUAUUCAAAUUGCAAAAGACCAAGUAAAAAGGGCACAAAAAGUAGGAAUGGGCGGUUAAAGUAUUUCUAAUUAUAAUUCAAAUAUAUGGAUUAGGACGACUUUUUAAAAUCUAUAUGAAGAAAUGCAUACAUUAACUUUUUCUUAAUCAAGUGUAGUGAUUUUAAUCGGGCAUUUACGGUGGCGCCACCAGUUCCACCUUCUCUGAGGUCCCGUAGUUCCUAGUAAAGCCCCUUCCUCUUCAGAAAAAGUAAAA